AUGUCGCGCCCCGAAGAUGUCCUGCCUCCGGACCUCUUCUAUGAUGAUAAUGAAUCACGAAAAUACACUACCUCCUCGCGCAUCCGUAACAUCCAGGCUGAUAUGACGAAUCGGGCGCUGGAACUCCUCGAUCUCAAAUCCCCAUCACUCAUCCUGGACCUUGGCUGUGGCUCCGGACUUUCUGGUGAGAUCCUUUCCCAAGUGCCUACCGAGCACGGUGGGCCGCAUACCUGGGUUGGGAUGGACAUCUCGCCCAGCAUGCUGGAUGUCGCUCUCCAGCGAGGCGUCGAGGGCGAUCUCUUCCUUGCCGAUAUCGGCCAAGGGGUCCCGUUCCGACCUGGUUCAUUUGACGCAGCCAUUAGUAUCAGUGCCAUCCAAUGGCUCUGUAAUGCAGAAACAAGCGACGUCAGCCCCGAGGGACGACUACGUCGGUUUUUCGAAGGUCUGUAUGCCAGUCUUCGGCGUGGAGGACGUGCUGUCUGUCAGUUCUACCCGAAAAAUGAUGCGCAGCGAAGCAUGAUAAGUGGCGCUGCUAUCAGAGCCGGCUUUGGGGCCGGAAUCCUGGAAGAUGACCCUGGGACCAAGAACAGUAAAUUGUAUCUUGUUUUGACAGUUGGCGGAGGCGGCUUGCAGGGCGACAUCACAGGUGUUGUGCAUGACAUGGACGACGUCAAUGUUCUGGAUGCCAGGAAAAGGGCCAUGGAGAACGGCAGGGCUUCCACCUCCAAGAAAGGGGACAGGGCUUGGAUCAUGCGGAAGAAGGAGCAGAUGACAAAGAAAGGCAAGAUCGUGAAAUCAAAUUCCAAAUACACGGGCAGGAAACGGCGGCCCGCGUUCUGA